CGAGAAGAGGUUACUACAAAAUGGUUUCCUACACUGUGUUCUCUUUGCUUCUGGCGGCAGUUUUGGUGAAUGCCGAAGACUACUGCAAGUACAAUUGUGGAUCGGAGAUAAAUGUCGGAUGCAAUAAUCCGGGAGUUCCUGCUUCAACUUGUGUGGAUUACAAGGACAUAGAAAUGACCGAAGAAUUGAAGCAAGAUUUAUUAGAUGAGCAUAACUUUUUCAGAGGUCUUGUGGCUAGGGGAGUAGGAGAAUUGAAAGAUAACGAAACUACACCAACUGCUGCAAAAAUGAUGAAACUGAAAUGGGAUGACGAAUUAGCUUACUUAGCCUCGCUGAAUGUGAAAACUUGCAAAAUGGAACAUGAUUGUGCCGAUACAAGCAAAGGUUGGAGUGGUCAGAAUAUAUACAGUUUUGCCACAACAGGAACAAUUGAUCCUAAAGGAGUUGUAAAAUCUGUAUUACUUUGGUACAAUGAAAAUAGAGAUACCCGAAAAUCCGACAUAGAGAGUCUUCCAGGUGUAUAUGUAAAUGGCAAAGCAAUUGGUCAUUACACACAAGUAAUUUGGGGAAACACUGAUAAAGUAGGUUGCGCCGCCAGCACAUUCAAGAGCGGUAAAUGGAAUAAAUUGCUUGUUACAUGCAACUACCGCGGCGGCAACCUUCUUGGAGCAUCUGUGUAUAAAAUUGGUAAAUUAUGUUCUGCUUGCCCAAAUGGUUGUGAAAAAGGCUUAUGUCUAUGA